AUGCAGGAGUAUUCGAAUGUGGAAGUUAUAUCAUUAGAUGAACCGCAAUCGAAAGAUCGAAAAGAAACGAGCAGUGUGCUAUCCAUUAAAAGAGAUUCAGAAAAGUCCUAUGUAUUAUCGAUUAAAGGAGAUUCAUCCAAUACAGUCAAAUUAAAUUUAGAUGAUUCACUUCAUAAUCUUCGAUCGGGUACAAAUGGAGUUGUAGUUAGUCUGCCGAAACAAAAGAAUCUUUCAUAUCUAUUCAAAUUUCCGGAUCAGGAAGAUGCAUCGAAUUUCAAUAAACUUCUGUCGUCUAUUCGAGCCGGUAAAAAGAUUGAGGAUAUCGCUAGUUCUCAAUUCGACGAACGAACUGAAGAAGGCUCGGCAGAACAGUAUUUUCAAUUUUAUGGUUAUCUAGCCCAACAACAAAAUAUGAUGCAAGAUUAUAUUCGUACAUCUACUUAUCAACGAGCAAUUCUGGACAAUUCUGUCGAUUUUGCUGGCAAAGUUGUUCUUGACGUUGGUGCUGGUUCAGGUAUUCUUUCGUUUUUCGCUGCUCAAGCAGGCGCACGCAAAGUUUAUGCUGUCGAAGCCAGCACAAUGGCUCAACAUGCUAAAACCUUAAUCGAAAACAAUCAAUUGAGUAAUCGUAUCCAAAUCGUACCUGGUAAAAUUGAAGAAAUCGAAUUACCCGAAAAAGUCGAUGUGAUCAUAUCCGAGCCCAUGGGCUAUAUGUUAUACAACGAACGUAUGUUAGAAUCUUAUAUCCAUGCCAAGAAAUUUCUGAAACCCAAUGGUAAAAUGUUUCCCACAACGGGUGAUCUUUACGUGACUCCAUUCACGGAUGAAUCGUUGUUCAUGGAACAAGUUGGCAAAGCCAAUUUUUGGUAUCAACAAUCGUUCUACGGUGUUGAUUUAACAACAUUACGUGAUGCAGCUAUUGAAGAAUAUUUUAAGCAACCAAUUGUCGAUAAUUUCGAUGUACGCGUUUGUCUAGCUAAACCAAUCAAAUUUACAGUGAAUUUUUUGACAGCAGCCGAAGAAGAUUUAUAUGAAAUGAACAUCCCAUUAUCAUUUGAAUUGACUACAACAGCUGUUGUACAUGGUCUCGCAUUUUGGUUUGACGUUUCAUUCGAUGGAACAACUUCUCAAAUAUGGCUAUCAACCGCUCCGACUCAACCAUUAACACAUUGGUAUCAAGUUCGUUGUUUAUUUGUCAAACCUUUAACAGUAAAUCAAGGACAGACGAUUAGCGGUCAUGCAAUAUUAAAGGCUAAUCGAAAACAAAGCUACGAUGUCGAGCUUUAUUUGGAAAUCGAAGGAACCAACAUCUCGGUUGAAAAUGUUCUGGAUUUGAAAAAUCCAUAUUUUAGAUAUCCAAAUGCACCGGUGCAAGCACCACCUGGUCAACAACAUGAUUCACCUACCGAACAGUAUUGGAACAGUUUACCAGGCGAACCAGCGGUUGGUGUUCAUCCAAAUGCGAAUCCUUAUUCCCAGAAUUGCAAUAUCAACAACAAUCUGAACUCGAGUGGCGAUUACGAUGGAAGUUUACUGAACAAUAUUGCAACUACUUUUCAACCUCAUGCUCAUCGAUAUGUUCUACCUCGAAUAUCGUCGGAUAAAUUAAAUUUAUUCUCGCCUGCACUUUCACAAAAUUCUAAUGGAUGUAAUUCAUUAUCUGCUGCAACUAAUGGGAAAUUCCAUUCACAACAAUCGAAUAAAUCAUCAUAA